CAUUGGCCCGGGCGGUGUGGGCCGGGCUCCUAUUGGCCCUGCGGUGUAUCCCCAUGGCCGCGGCCGGGAGGGUAUUUGUGGGAGCGGGGAAGGGGAGAGAGCGGAGCGGGACGGGUAGUGCCAGCGGGAUGACUCAGUGGUAUCAGCUACAACAACUGGACUCCAAGUUUUUGGAGCAAGUUCACCAGCUGUACGAUGACAGCUUCCCUAUGGAGAUCAGGCAGUACCUGGCACAGUGGCUGGAAAACCAGGAUUGGGAACACGCGGCCAACAAUGUGUCAUUUGCUACGGUGCUAUUCCAUGACCUGCUGUCACAGCUCGAUGAUCAAUUUAGCCGAUUUUUGAUAGAAAACAACUUCUUGCUGCAACACAACAUAAGGAAAAGCAAACGUAAUCUUCAGGAUAACUUCCAAGAAGACCCAAUACACAUGGCAAUGAUCAUCCACAACUGCCUGAAAGAGGAGAGGAAAAUACUGAACAGUGCACAGUUGUCUAAUCAGAUGGAAGUGGGUGGCGUACAGAACACCAUGACUGGGAUACUGGACAAACAGAAGGAGCUUGAUGCAAAAGUUAAGGCUGUAAAAAACAGUGUUACAGAUGUAGAACAAGACAUCAAGACAUUAGAGGAUGUACAAGAUGAAUAUGACUUUAAACAUAAAACCUUCCAGAGCAGAGAUUCUGAGCCCAAUGGUGCAUCACAAGAGGAGUGCAGGAAAGAGCAGAUGAAUAUCCAAAAGAUGUUUUUCUUACUUGACAUCAAGAGAAAGGAAGUGGUGGCCAAGAUUAUACAGCUGUUGAACAACACGGAGCACACACAGAGUGCUCUUAUUAACGAGGAGCUGGUGGAGUGGAAACAUAGGCAACAGACUGCAUGCAUUGGUGGCCCGCCCAACGCCUGUCUUGACCAGCUACAGAACUGGUUCACCAUCAUUGCUGAAAGCCUGCAGCAAGUCCGUCAGCAGCUCAAAAAGCUGGAGGAACUGGAGCAGAAGCUGACUUAUGAACAUGACCCUAUCACAAAAAACAAACAAGUUUUGCAGGACCGAACACACAGUCUUUUCAAGCAGCUUAUCCAGAGCUCCUUUGUGGUAGAGAGGCAGCCUUGCAUGCCAACACAUCCACAGAGGCCACUAGUCCUGAAGACAGGAGUACAGUUUACUGUGAAGCUGAGAUUGCUGGUGAAAUUGCAGGAAUUGAACUACAGCCUGAAAGUGAAAGUUCUAUUUGAUAAAGACGUCAACGAGAAGAACUCAGUCAAAGGAUUCAGGAAAUUUAACAUUCUGGGAACGAACACAAAAGUAAUGAACAUGGAAGAGUCGACUAAUGGAAGUUUAGCAGCAGAAUUCAGGCACUUGCAACUGAAAGAACAGAAGAACGCAGGAAACAGAACAAAUGAGGGUCCUCUUAUUGUAACGGAAGAACUUCACUCUCUGAGCUUCGAGACGCAGCUGAGCCAGCCUGGCUUAGUAAUAGAACUAGAGACCACAUCGCUUCCCAUCAUCGUCAUCUCUAACGUUAGCCAGCUUCCAAGUGGAUGGGCUUCUAUCUUAUGGUUCAACAUGCUGUCUACUGAACCCAAGAAUUUGUCCUUCUUUCUAAACCCACCUUGUGCCAAGUGGUCUAAACUCUCAGAAGUGCUGAGCUGGCAGUUUUCUUCGGUGACUAAAAGAGGACUCAACGCAGAUCAACUGAGCAUGCUGGGAGAGAAACUACUUGGUAUGCUUGGGCCAACAAGGGAAGGAUCUCAGGAUGGCCUUAUUCCUUGGUCAAAAUUCUGCAAGGAAAACAUGAAUGAAAAAAAUUUCCCUUUUUGGCUGUGGAUAGAGGGAAUCCUGGAACUUAUUAAGAAACACCUCCUGUGCCUCUGGAAUGACGGCUGUAUCAUGGGUUUCAUCAGUAAAGACAGAGAACGUGCUUUAUUGAAGGAUCAGCAACCAGGAACGUUUUUACUGAGAUUCAGUGAAAGCAGUAGAGAAGGAGCCAUCACCUUUACCUGGGUAGAAGGAUCUCAGAAUGAGCCCCAGUUCCACUCAGUAGAACCCUACACCAAGAAGGAGCUCUCUGCUGUUACCUUCCCUGAUAUCAUUCGGAACUACAAAGUGAUGGCGGCUGAAAACAUUCCUGAAAAUCCACUGAGAUUUCUGUACCCUGAUAUUCCCAAAGACAACGCCUUUGGCAAGUAUUACUCCAGGCCCAAGGAGGCCCCAGAGCCUAUGGAUACAGAUGCCCCCAAGGGAAAUGGCUACAUCAGGACCGAGUUAAUCUCCGUAUCUGAAGUCCACCCGUCCAGGCUCCAAUCUCCAGAGAAUCUGCUGCCCAUGUCUCCUGAAGAGUUUGAUGAGAUGUCUCGGAUGGUGGACCAAGCAGAGAUUGACACAGUGAUGUGUUCAGCAUACACGGCGUAGAGGUAGAGCUUUUUACUGCACCGCUAACGCAGCCGAUCAGCUUCUGCACCCUGCUCUCCAGCUGGGCUUCAAUUCUUUGGGAAGUCUAUGCGUAAUUCAAAGCACGUCAGUUUCUCAACCUGAAAGUCCAGUAGCCAUUUCUAACCAGAGGGAAAUAUAAGCACUAUUUGAAUAGCCCCCGUAUGUGCACCUGUUUAAUUCGAGUUGCAUUAAACAAUUUGUUACUGACAAGACGCUGUACCAACGUGCAGGAAGGAGAACAACGGGAACAAGGGAUCCGCAGGAAAGAGAGGAGAGAAACAUGCACUUCAGUCUGUUAGUUGAACAUCUAAAGUAGUUGGCUGUAUACAACAGGCUUCAAAGGAAAGCUCGUUCUUUUGCAGAGGUUCUAUUCAGAAAGCCUUCACCUGCUGAGCAAUUGCUUCUGAAGAACUUUGAGUUUCCUUCUGCAUCGCAAAUGAAGGAGCAGAUGAGCACUGCAGGUACGCACAACAGCAAGUCCGUGUGCUGCUGCAGUUGGUUCUGGCUUUCUUUCAUACAAACAUGGCAUGCUGCUCUACAGGAGAACAUCAGCCAAAAACCAUUAUCUGUAUUUCAGUUCUGCUUGUUUUCAUGGUAAUGGCUUCUUUGGUAGGAAAGAGCACUUAAGACAAUUGAUUAACAACUCACUGCUAACAGGUGAGGUUGUCUUAAACAGUGGAUCUCUUGGACUAAGAACAUAUAUUAGUCCAGGAUGCUAAUUAGCACAUAGGCAAUCAUAAGGGCUCCAGAACGCUGAUGCUGGAUCCCAUAUGCUUAAGCAGAGUUGCUACUGCAGCUCCUGAGCCUGCUGCCGUCCAUUGCCACCGUGUGGGAGCCCAGCACUGCAGUGCUACUUUGCUGCCAUUCAGCUACACCAAAUCAAUACACUGAUUCUUACAUAAAUAAUCAUCCAGUUCAAUUUGGGGUUCUGCCCAAAAAGACCUACGUGACCCCUGGAAAAGCUCGAGGGAAGCAAAAUGUGAAGGACCUAGUACAGUGUAUACCUAUAAGAUGUUCCUACACUUUCUUAUUUCUUUGUGUCAAAGAUUGCUUAGGUUUAACAGUGAAUCACAACAACCAGUGACCACAUGUUACCGUGAAUAACUAAGUGCUAAAUUUCUUUAGUGAAACAAAACCAGACGUGUCUUUCUUAGCCCACACCUCACACCCACGUUUUACAUGCAAGCUUGUUUUCAUUACUUUUAAACCCCAAUGAGGCUUUCUUAUGAGAUUGCAAGCAGUGGCCAUACAUCAGCUUUGCCUCUAUGGGGCCCUCAGUCCUAUGAGCGUUCCUCCCCGUUAUUUCCACUCCUCCCCCAGGGACUGUUGUUGUGGUGUAUUAAAUAAAUGAGGCUAUCUACUGAUGCUUGUC